AUGACAGCGAAAGAAAUUCAUUCACUUGCCGAACAAACCAUGCAGAAAUCAUCGACAUCAACUAAAUCCAACAAACCUAAAUAUAACAAAUGGAAACAACAUGCAAAUACAAUUGCUGGAGCAAAUGGCGCAGGCGAUCGAUUAUUUCAGCUGAAUGAACCUCAAGCGAUUUACCUCGAUGAAUUCAGUAAUAUGUAUGUUGUUGAUCAUGCGAAUCAUCGUCUUGUUCAAUGGAAAUGGAACGCCAAACAAGGAGAAAUCAUUGCUGGUGGUAAUGGAAAAGGAAAACGAUUGGAUCAGUUGAAUGGACCAACGGAUGUGAUUGUUGAUGAACGAAAUUUUACAUUUAUUAUUGCUGAUCAAGGAAACAAACGAGUCGUUCAAUGGUCAAAAUACAAUCAACAAGAGAUUCUAAUCGAAAAUAUCGAUUGUUAUGGUUUAGCAAUGGACAAACAAGGUUAUAUUUACAUUUCAGAUACGGAAAAGAAUGAAGUUCGAAGAUGGAAAGUUGGAGAUAAAGAAAGUAAAUUAGUAGCUGGUGGAAAUGGAGAAGGAGAUCAAUUGAAUCAACUUUCAUCUCCGACUUAUCUUGUUGUUGAUAAUGAACAAUCGGUGUAUAUUUCAGAUAAUUCGAAUAAUCGAGUGAUGAAAUGGAAGAAAGGUGCGAAAGAAGGUGUGAUUAUUGCUGGUGGACAUGGACAUGGAGAUGAUUUUAAUCAAUUAUACGAUCCUUCGGGUUUGAUUUUUGAUCAAUGGGGACGAAUUUAUAUUUCGGAUCAUUUAAAUCAUCGAGUUAUGCGAUGGUCUGAAGGAGAUCAGGAAGGUGAAGUGAUUGUUUGUGGAAAUGGAAGAGGUGAUAAAUCGAAUCAAUUGCAUCGUCCAACUGGUUUAGCAUUUGAUAUUCAAGGAAAUCUUUUCGUUUCAGAUCAUUACAACGAACGAAUUCAAAAAUUUGAACUUAUUUCUGAAUAA